AUGUCCGUAGCGGGCACCACGACUGUCCCUUCUGAGGCCCCGGAACCUGUACAAGUGGUUCCGGACUGCUCUCAAUCAUUGACAUCAGAUGCCAUUCCUUCUGUGUUGCAAGCCAAAGACGCUAAGCACAUCAACAAGACUGACUACGGAAGUGGCGUUGGAAGGAAAGGCGAUGUUAUCCAAGCCUUGGUGAAUGUCAACCUUCCCAGCCCGACUUUGGAGCAUGUCACGGCGCCUUUUGAUUAUAUCUGCUCGCUCAAAUCCAAACAUGUCCGGGAAAAGCUUAUAUUCUCCCUGCAUCCAUGGGUUCCAAUUGCCCGCCCAGAGCUAGAGCUUGUGAUGUCCCUUGUGGCGGACAUACACAACACAUCGUUGAUGCUUGACGAUAUCCAAGAUUCUUCUGCACUUCGUCGCUCGAGCCCAGCCACCCACACAGUCUUCGGCACACCGCAAACGAUCAACUCGGCUGUGUACUUCACUGUCGAUACGAUACAGAGAGCUUCCACCAGCGGUAAUCCUGAGCUAAUGCAGGCACUAACGGAUGGAAUGAAGGAGUUGCUGGUCGGGCAGGGGCUCGAUCUGGUCUGGACAUUGGAAGUUACAACUCCAUCUCUUGAAGAAUACCUGCAGAUGAUUGACGGAAAGACGGGAGCCUUGUUCCUCAUGGUCACAAGGCUUAUGGGUGCUUUCUUGCCUGCGUCGGCACCCAAGUCGCCGCUGGACAGGCUCAUGCUGCUGCUCGGACGAUAUUUCCAGAUAAGGGACGACUAUGUCAAUCUGGUAUCGACCCAGUACAGCGACUCCAGAGGCUUCUGCACCGACCUGGACGAGGGUAAAUGCAGCUUCAUGAUAGUGCACGCCAUGAGCCACGCCCAACCGUCUGCACGCAACAUCCUCAGAAACGUGCUCCUGCAGACGAGGAGGGCAGGCUGCGCUGGGGAGCGCCACAAGGAGCUCAUGUUCUCCAUCCUCAAGGAGGCGGGGUCUUUUGAGUACACGGCCGAGAUGCUCGGCGAGAUGGAAAAGAGUCUUUUCGCCGAGGUGGAGAGGAUAGAAAGGACCACGGGGGUCAAGAACCCGGUGCUGAGGGAGCUGCUUGAUGCUCUGCGGGCCUGA